GAGACAAGCACAAAGUACUCUUUGAAGUGUUUCUUCCUCUUGCAUCCUCAUCAUACCCCUUCUCUCACUUUCGCCUUCUCUCCUAUUCCUAGUUCCUUAAGGCAACCUUGGAAAUGGAGGGAAAAGCAGGAAGGUGGAGCGACUUCAUGCAGAGGGCGAGGCCCUACAUCGCGAUGAUGUCACUGCAGUUCGGCUAUGCGGGCAUGAACAUCAUCACCAAGGUAUCCCUCAACCGUGGCAUGAGCCACUACGUCCUCGUCGUCUACCGGCAUGCCUUUGCCACCGUCGUCAUCGCCCCGUUCGCCCUCAUCCUUGAGAGGAAGGUGAGGCCGAAGAUGACAUUCCUCGUGUUCAUGCAAAUCUUUGUGCUGGGCCUUCUUGGGCCGGUGAUCGAUCAGAACCUUUACUACGCGGGUCUGAAAUUCACAUCCCCAACCUUCUCAUGCGCCAUGAGCAACAUGCUCCCCGCGAUGACUUUCGUCAUGGCGGCUCUCUUCAGGAUGGAGAAGGUGGACAUGAAGAAAGUAAGGUGCGUGGCGAAGGUGGUGGGGACAGUGGUGACGGUGGGCGGCGCCAUGCUAAUGACGCUAUACAAGGGAAAUGUCCUCACCUUCCCAUGGUCCGCUCACCUCCACGGCCACGCCACGAAUGGCUCAGAGGCACCUGAGUCCGCCGACCAGGACUGGGUGAAGGGCUCCAUCUUCCUCAUCAUCGCCACUUUCGCUUGGGCCUCCUUCUUCAUCCUCCAGGCAGUGACCUUGAAGAGAUACCCAGCACAUCUUUCACUGACGGCAAUGGUGGUGUUCAUGGGCACGCUUCAGUCCAUCGCUGUGACGUUCGUGGUGGAGCACAAGGCUUCCGUCUGGUCCAUUGGCUUCGACAUGAACCUUCUCGCCGCCGCCUAUGCUGGGAUAGUGUCAUCGAGCCUCGCGUACUAUGUUCAAGGGCUGGUCAUGAAGAAAAGAGGCCCGGUCUUCGUCACCGCUUUCAGCCCCCUGAUGAUGAUCAUCGUGGCCAUCAUGGGCUCCUUCAUCCUCGCCGAGAAGAUCUACCUCGGAGGGGUUCUUGGUUCGGUCCUGAUAGUGGUCGGGCUCUACUCGGUUUUGUGGGGCAAGUACAAGGAGUACCAGGAGAAGGAGGCAGAGGAGAUCCCUGAGCCAGUCAAGGACCAUCAGAACGGCCACACACACGACCUCGAAGCCGCUAACGACGACAACCACCUCAAGAUGCAGAACCUUGGCUCCUCAGCAGCAGCGGCAGUGCCAGUGACCGUUACAGGCCCGACCAUUCAGCCUCCGUUGGUCGCCAUGAUGGCCCCGAGGCCCAACUGAUCUCCCACACUUUUGACACAUUGAGAGACAACUGAAGAGUUUAGUAAUGAAUGAGAAUAAGAGGAUGAGGGAAGAGGAAGGAGGGGCCUUUUUGUGCUUUCAUCUCUUCUUCUUCUUCUUCUUCUUCUUCUUCUUUUUUAUUUUUGUGUUUUUUAUUUUUUAUUUUGAGAUGACUGACGACGAGCCUUUUGCUCUCUGUAACACCAUGGUCAACACGAAAAUCUGAUAAUGCAAACUCCAUUUUGUUCGAUA